GUACUGAACUAUUUACUAUAGUAAAUUGCAGCAAGGUGUAGUAUAUUAUUGUUAUUUGUAACUUCAAGUAUCGUAUCUUCUUUUUGUUAAUUAAUGUAUCUGCGCUAUGAUGAAUUGAUAGUAAAGCAUAUUUUAAUAUUCACUAAGGUUCAAAAACACUAUACUUAGGAAUUUUACUACAGUUUACUUUAGUAAAUACUAACUAAAGUAUACUAUAUAGUAUUUUCACGUGAAAGCUCAAACUCUGUAUUGUUUGUUUAACUAGACCGCUGAAUACGCAUCUUUCAUGGAGCAUGCGCAUGAAAUAAAUUCCGGAAUGAAAUCUUUUGAAGUGACAGACCGAUUAAGCGGCACUAAAUAAACGUUGCGAGUUCACUAUAAAGCUCUUUGAAGACGACCAUUGAGUCUGAAAUCUUCAGUGAUCUCCGGUGUGUGAAUGGCAGCGUGCUGUACGUGACAGUCAGGUCCAUCAAAGUGUGAUUGUUCAUUGAUGGCAGUGCUAAUUGUUUUGACACCGUGAUACACAACCAGCUUGGUCGGAUGUUAACGAUCAAAUGCCAUGCUUACUUAAAAAAAUAAUCAUUUAUUUAUAUUGCUCUCUCUUUUUGCUUUCCAUCAUACUGCAGUUUAUAACAUUUUAGACAGCAUACACACUACACAUUUAUUCACUUUUUCUGACCAAACUUUAAAGCUUUGAGCGGCGUGAACAGGUGGCGAGGGGGCGUGCACAGAACACGACGGGCUUGACUUUUCACCAAUCGAAUUCCAAGAGAAAUGCUACCCGCCUCUGACAAUGCACCAAUCAGCGCGCGUUCUGAGCGAUGGGCGGUGCUAAGCGUGGUAGAAUGAAGUGGGAGGCGGCUGCUGGAGUCAGUGAAACAGACACGGAGCGGGUGCGCGUUUCGGCUCAGUUGAUGUGAAUGGGAGCAAUAUUUUUGGAAAUACGCGUAAACACUGGAGACGUGCAACGCAAGGGACGCAUCUGAAUGAGGUUAUAGCAGCAGCAGCAUUCCUUGGGGAACGCGAGAGAAGCCUUGUGAAUAUUUGGUGAAGCAGGAGCAGAGACGACACCUGAUCUCCCGAGCCUUCGCCUUUCAUCCUUUCCGGAGUGUAACAAGAUGGGGAAUGGAUUAUCAGAGCCCCAUGCCAUCUUUCCCCGUUUGCCGUCUUUUCAAGCCCUGCACAUUGUUAUUCUCGGGUUGGACUGUGCCGGGAAGACCACCGUGUUGUACCGACUCCGUUUCAACGAGUUCGUGAACACCGUUCCUACCAAGGGCUUUAACACGGAGAAGAUCAAAGUGACUCUCGGUGGGAAAGGACGUACGGCGACCUUUCAUUUCUGGGAUGUUGGUGGUCAGGAGAAGCUCAGGCCUCUUUGGCGUUCCUACACGCGGUGCACGGACGCCCUCGUCUUCGUGGUGGACUCGGUGGACGUGGAGCGCAUGGAGGAGGCCAAGACGGAGCUCCAUAAGAUAACAAGGCUUCAGGAGAACCAGGGAGUGCCCAUUUUAGUGGUGGCUAACAAGCAGGACCUUCGCAACGCUUUGCCCCUGUGCGAGGUGGAGAAGAUGUUGGCGCUGAAUGAGCUCGGCUCUCACACACCCUGGCACCUCCAGCCGGCCUGUGCCAUCAUCGGAGAGGGUCUACAGGAAGGCUUGGAGCGACUCCAUUCCAUGAUCAUCAAGCGGAGGAAGAUGAUGAGGCAGCAGAAGAGGAAAAGAUGACUUUAGUGAUGUUUUAUGAGCAGGACGUAAUGGGAAAGAGGUCCUCGGUCGCCUCUGUGAUGGCUCUACUGAUACUCCGAGGGACUUUGUUGCCCUCCGCUUCUGGAAUUAUCAUUUCAGUGGACUGAGUUUUAUCAGUCAGAUGGUGCAGUUGUGUCUCACAGCUAGGGGAUUGUAUUGAUGUAACACGGAGAUGGGACGAAUAUGAACAUGUGGAACUUUUACAUAAACACAGUGUUACGCAAUGCUGUCAGGUGGUACAUGGAGUACUGUUGAAGGACACUGGGCUUGAACUUGAAAAUGACAAAGACAGAGUUAGUCUUUGUGUCUUAUGUGUUACACAUCUACUAAUAUCUUAGCAUUUUACCAACAAUGUAAAGUCAUGAAAUGGAAGGAUGGAUUACCAAAGCUGCCAUGAACGUAUAUGUAUGCAUUCAUGUGUCUCUCUUGUCGGAUUGAUUUGGUAUUGACCACCAGUGUUUGUUGUCUUGGUGGUCGGGGAACAACAAUAAGCUUUAUGGAUCACUUGUUUGGGAAAACACAACAGUGUCACAGUACAGGGUAUUUCAUAAGUACAUGUUAAGGGUGUACUUAUUCCUCUUAAAGUUCUCCUAAACUCGCUCCUAGAGGACUAUUGGUGUAACUUUUAGCUGUAACCACAUUGUGUACUUCCUUAAAGGACAAGAGAUGUUUAAAUGCACUUUAGCAAUUCCCUUUUUCUAAUCUAUGAACUUGCAUCAUUCAUAUUCAUUUUUUGUAAAGAGUUUAUUAUAAUACAGAAAUGUAAUGUAUUGCUUCGAGAGAAGCUUUUUAUUUCGAACAAUCGUUCAUGGUUUCACAUUCAUGCUUGUGAGUUGAGGGAUGUUCAUAUUUAUGUGUUGAAAUUUGUACAUUUUGAAUAAAUCCACAACUACACUGAA